CGCGAGAUUUGAUCAGCUGAUGCGUCUCUGUUUUUAGAGUGUGCGUUAGGACGGUCAACACGUGGGGAGGAGAGACAAGAGACAUAUAUAUAUACACACACACACACAAGCGCUCACAUACACGAAGAGGGGGGACACGUUGGGAUUGUGCUGGGCCUUGAACACGUAACAUUAAUAUUAUACGGUGGCGGUGCGAGGGACGCAUAAACACAGUGUAGCUGCUAGGGUCCAGAGGAGAUGCCACUGAGGUUCCGGUCCUUUGUUCCGUAUACGCUUCCUGGAGUGCUGGCGCUCAUAGGCUGGUGGUGGUACAUCUCCCGCAAGAAAGAGCGAAUCACCAGCCACGACAGUGAGGAGGGGUCAGUUAUGGGCUUGCGAACCUCCUCUGGUGAGGGCAGCAAUGGGAUGGUCGACAAGAGCUGCCCUGCGGCCAGCAGCACACACCGCAGAACCAGCCGAGACGGAGUCAAGGCCAAAGAGCACAGACCUGUUGAGCAGGAAGUUGUAGUGGAGAUUCACACACCGGUGCGAAAAGCCACUGCGGGAGAGGCUCUCGGCACCCCUCCAGUUGUGUUGGCCAGUGGACAGCUAAGCACUCCUCAGAGUGGUACAAAAUCAGUCCCUCUACAAAGCCAACCAGAGACAACAACUCCUGUGUCAUCUUCAACCCCAACAAAAACAGUGGACGAGAGCACUCAUCACAAAGGAAUAGAGGCUGCCAUUGGCAGCAAACCCUCAAGCCAGUUACCGCCAGAUCUAGCGAGCACUGGUUCAGUCAAGAAGCAGGUCGAAAACCAACCACUAACUAAGCAGCGUCCUGCAGAGCUAGCCAAAGCAGUGCGACCUGAACCUGAGGGAGAGGUGGCCGCUGAAACCUCGGCACCAACUUGCAAUCAGAAUUUGCCGGCUGACAUUUCAAAAGAUGAGCUGGCCUCCGCUACAUCAUCAGCGGAGGGCGUGGCUGUGUUGCUGGAGACCUGCAGCCCGAAAACACCGCUGACUUUGACCUCGUUCCCCAACUCCACCAGCACACCCCUUUCAGAAAGCUCCAUCGAGGCUCAGCACCAUGAAAACGGAGACCUGGGCUUGCCGGCCGAGACCAGUCCAGACAUGCAGGAGCUCCAGCGUCUCGUGGCAGGGCUGAUCACUGAGGUCAUCUCGGCAGCCACCCAGGAGGUCAUGGCGGUCAGCAACUGUGAGUCCCGGUACAGCAAGGGCUCUAAAGCGGCCGACAGCAGCACGCCCUCUGUAAAUGGUAAGGAAGUGGAGUCGUAUGUACCUCCAGAGAGCAUGAAAAGCACAGAGUCACGGGUGGUGCAGAUAGCCGAAGACAUCGUCAACGGUUGUCUGGUGCCUUCGCUCUGGAAAAUGCCGGAGAAUGAGAAGGAAAGAGGCUCAUUGACUGUGUCGUCUGGGGAACAGUUGGAGUCCACUCCGGUUCUGGCCAAGCUGCAGGCAGAGGAAGCUCUGGUGGAAGACUCAGGAUGUAGCACGUGCCAGUCAGAGGAUGGCAUCAGCAGCGAGGAUCUCCAUAGCACAGGGUUGUCCUCGAAUGUGUCUGAAAGUAAAGAGGACCUCAUUCAAAUUUCAGGGACUUGUAGGGCAUCAGAGGGUCAAGGAGAUGGACUGCAGGAGAGUCUUGGUCUAAUUGCCUCUCAGGAGUCCCCACUUACCGCAGAAAACGUGGCUACGGUUUGCGAGGCAGCACGGUUGAAUGGAACAGGCUUUAGGAAUGGUACUGCUAAUGAGGUAGAAGCUGACCAAUCAGGAGGUGAGUUACAGUUCUUAAGAAUCCAGACCUGUCAAUCACAGAGCUCUGAGCUUAUUGUGUGGGAGAUUGAGGUGCCAAAGCAUCUAGUGGGACGGCUAAUUGGCAAACAAGGAAGAUACGUGAGCUUUUUGAAGCAAAGCUCCGGUGCUAAGAUCUACAUUUCAACCCUGCCUUAUACUCAAGAGUUUCAGAUCUGCCAUAUAGAGGGAACCCAGCAGCAGGUAGAUAAGGCGCUGGCCUUGAUUGGGAAGAAGUUCAAAGACUUGGACCUGACCAACUUGUACGCCCCACCUCCCCCACCGCUAACGCUGCCCUCUCUGCCCAUGACUUCCUGGCUUUUGUUGCCCAAUGGGGUGACCGUCGAGGUGAUUGUGGUGAACAUUGUAUCAGCCGGUCACCUGUUUGUCCAGCAGCACACUCACCCUACGUAUCACGCCCUGCGCAGUCUGGAUCAACAGAUGUUCCUGUGCUAUUCACAGCCCGGGACGCCCCCCUUGCCAUCGCCUGUUGAAGUUGGAGUGAUUUGUGCGGCCCCAGCUGUAGAUGGAGCCUGGUGGCGAGCGCAGGUCAUCUCUUUCUACAAAGAUUCAACCGAAGUGGAAAUUCGAUAUGUUGAUUAUGGCGGCUAUGACAGAGUCAAGAUUGACACCCUUCGACAGAUCCGGUCGGACUUCGUGACAUUACCGUUCCAAGGAACAGAAGUGUUAUUGGACAACAUUGCCCCACUUCCAGGAGAGGAUCGGUUCUCCGCGGAGGCCAAUUCUGCACUGGAAGAGAUGACGAGAGGAGUUCCAUUGCUGGCACAAGUCACCAACUACGACAAUAAUACAGGACUUCCUUUAGUACACAUGUGGAACAUGGUGGGAGAGGAGCUGGUCCUGCUCAACCGCACUUUGGCAGAGCGAGGUUAUGGCACUUGGGUGGACAGUUUCUGAUCCUCCAGAGCUCCCUCGCCCUCCUCUCCUCACUCACCUCGUGGCCCAUCUGCCCCUUAAUUAUCACCACGCAUCAUGAAUAUCUGCAGGUUCUGUCCUCCUCACCCCAUCGUGUCCUCCACCACCUUCUACCUGAAGUGCGCAUCACUGGCUCCGGGAGUUUCUUUUUUGGUUUGUUGUCCUCUCCAUGCUGCCUUUUUCUAUUUUCUUUUUUCUUUUCUAUCCCCUUGCAUAAGAAAUCAAUACUGUAUGAAAGGAAAAAACGAAGUCAAGUGUCAAUGGCCAAUCAACCAAUAAGGACUGAAGUUUUCUUGACUCUGCUCUUGUAAAUUUAAAAUAUUAUAACUAAAUAAAGGUUAAACAUGUUUUCCGUCCGAUCAGACUCCUUCCAGCACAAAAAACAACUGGAUUAUCAUGCCGUGGAUGAAAAAUCUGUAGUAAUGAUAAAAAAAGUACAUUUCAGAAGAUAACUAUGGUGAAGUUAAGACUCAACGAUGUUGCUGCUGAUGUAAUCUUGGGUCAUGAGACAUCAUGUUUGCAUUUACGCUAUCAUGGCUUCAUCCCAGUGUUUCACUGUCCAGUCGGGUGGGUUUUGGAAAGCUGAUCUGUAGAUAUGGGUACAGUUCGGCAAGGAAUAAACGACCACCACUCCAUCUCGAUGUCUGUCUGCACAACAGUGUGGUCUUAGAGGGUGAUACGCAGCCCAUCUCGUGACCUCCCUCUUCACCACAGUCUGGAUCGGUAGGACUCCAACAGCCUUCGGUGUCGAUAGGCCUGACGCCAAGAGUCACUUCAUUUACUUCACCGAUUACAGAGUCUUUUAAUCCAGGAGACGUCUGUGCCCUCCUGACCUCUGGGCCAUUAUAAGAAAGACUAUGCUGAGUCUUCAGCCCUAGAGCGACACUAGAGUUCGAAUGGUGCUGCUAAAAAGGGUGUUCUUUACGCUGAAUACUGACCUGUGGGGACACUAAAUAAAUGACUACAAAAACCAGAACAGUACUGUGUGAGGGGGACAGCAGGGAACUUCCAUUCUGGGUGGAUGAACUGCAUUCAGUGGGUCUGUGUGUUUUUGUAUGCAUGUAAUUUUGAUCUAAAGCACGUCAAUUCACAUGUCGCAUUAUCAUUUGUGUAAUGGGCCGCUUGCUUUUGUCUCACUCAAGAUCCGUCUCGCAAUAACGUCACGUCUAGUGGACCCAUUGCCAUUAAUGUCUCUUUGCAUUCUGUAAAUAACUUGGUACACUGUGUCCAAUCCCAGCAACCCACCCAGUUGGCUAUUAGGAGAAGCUGUCAGUACACCUACCUGUCUUGGAGAAGAUAAAAAGCUUUAAGCCUUA